AUGGGAGGACGAAAGAUCAAACAUCUUACAUUACUUCAACGACCAUUCGCCCUGAAUCUCUGUAAAGCUUACCGCAUCACAGCCACCAGCUCAGCAACAGUCCUUGCAGGGCUCAUUCCACUCCACAUACGGGCAGAACAAAAAUCAGUCUACACCACCCUCAUAUACCUCCGCAAAGAUGCAACAUUGGACAACAUAACAUACAGCCCUCUGCAAUUUCAAAGCCCAGGUAACACUUUUCACAGUCAUCCCGCACGUAAAGGUACAGGAAUAAGCAUUAACAUCUCACGGAUACAGCCACUCUCAGUGACGCGAGUUUCAAGGGAUACGCAAAUAUACACCGAUGGCUCUAAGCAGGAAGACGGAGUAGGCAGCGCCUUUGCACACUAUGACAAAGGAAGAAUCAUCCAUGUAUGGAAAGGACGUCUUGACUUAAACAAAAGUGUAUUACAGGCGGAUGUGCAGGCAAUUAUAACGGCGGUAGAUUACAUUUUCAAUAAUAAUAUAGAACGGGCGAAAAUUUUCACAGACUGUAUGUCAACACUUCUAGCACUAGAUAAUCACAACCACACCUCGCCCUUGAUCAUCAAAUUACAACAACUUUUGCAGCGCAACCCGCAGAAACAUCUCUCCUUAACAUGGAUCAAAGAACAUGCAGAAAAUGAGGGGAAUGAAGCAGCUGAUAGCCUGGCCAAACAAGCAGCCACUGAUGAAAAUAUCACAAUCCCAGCCCUCCUUCCUACCUCAAAGGGCUAUUACGAGGUCAAGGCCUAA